CCUCCGACGAACCAUGUCUUCCGCGGCCGGCGCCGGAGUUAAGCCGUUCUUCUGCCACUUAUGCAAUCAGAGAGUUACCUGCUCCGAUGAUUCCGAUCCUUUCUGCCCGAUCUGCCUCCAAGGUUUCGUCGAAGAAGACAACUCUAAUCCCAACCCUAACCCUAACCCUAACCCUACUGCUGUUUCAUUCCGUUUCAUCCCCGACCCUUCUUCUGACCCACAUUUACCCUUUCAUCCUCUCUCCCUUCUCCCUCUGUUGUUAUCCUCCGCUUCAUCCACCACCAUUGAUCUCCAGAACCCUCAUUUCUUCUCGAAUUCUCCUGGAUCCAGGACCCGCCCCGAUUUCCCUGAACGCGACACGUUCGACCCGUUCCUCUUCCUCCAGAACCACCUUCAGGGCCUUCGCGCCGAGGGGGCUAAUGUUCAAUUCGAGAUUAAUCACCCUUCCGAACCGGGGUUUCGCCUCCCAGCCAACAUCGGGGAUUACUUCGUCGGCCCUGGCCUCGAGCAAUUGAUCCAGCAGCUGGCCGAGAAUGACCCGAACCGUUACGGGACGCCUCCGGCAUCCAAAGACGCCGUUGCAAAACUUCCGACCGUAACCGUUGAUGACGAGUUGUUGAACUCGGAAUUGAACCAGUGCGCGGUUUGUCAGGACGAGUUCGAGAAGGGUUCGAAGGUAAAGCAAAUGCCUUGCAAGCACGUGUACCAUGAUGGGUGCUUGCUUCCCUGGCUUGAAUUGCAUAACUCUUGCCCUGUGUGUCGAUAUGAAUUGCCCACCGACGAUGCCGAUUCUGGGAAUCGGACGCAGGGGAACGCUGGUGAUGGGUCGAGGUCUGCUGGUAAUGUUAAUGGCAGCAGCGGGGGUGGUGGUGCUGGCAGCGGUGGCGGUGUGGAGAAUAGACCUGCCCGCAGGACUUUCAGAAUAUCUUUGAGGUAUCCUUUUGGUGCAGGUGGCUCUGCUCAGGACAGUGGUGAAAGGGGAUGGGAAACUAGGCAAGAAGAUUUGGAUUGAAAUUGUACUACUUGGUGUUGAAAAACUGGAAACUAUCAUGUGCAGCUCAAAGUUUUCGUGAAUAGAUUACUGUCAUUAUGUUUACAAAAAUGUUUGUAGGGAUUGGAGGAAAUAUUGUAAUCCGUGGCCCGGAACUUUGUCCAUCAAAGGUCCUUUUUUUUUUUUUUCUUAUUUACUGGAUAGCUGGUAUAUGGGAUUUGCAUGACAACACCCAAUUAUUGAGUGUUGAUAACAAUUUUUCCCUGUUGUUUUUUUGUACAGACAGAUCAGAUCAUCUUCCAAUCAUCCAAUGUUGAUUACCAUUUAUGCAA